UUUUGGCCGGGAACUUCACACUGCUCUAAAUGGGGAGCCAUAGUAUCCCUUAACCGCGUUUUGUUUUGCCACAGAUAAGUUCUAAAUGUAAAUUCAGUACCUUAUCUAUUUGCUAUCGGCGGCCCGAGCUCUGUUCUUUCGUUCAUGACCAAGCUAUUUUGAGCCUAAUCGAUUGUAACUAAACAUUCGGCGCGGAAAAACAUCGGCAUUCGUGGACCAGCUGUUCUCUCACUUGCGAAUUUCGUCCGGUCAGAAUGAUACUAAAGAGCCCCACGCCAUGGAACCCCCUCAUUCCCACCUGCCAUGUCUCUGCUCAAGGUAUCUGGAACAAAGAUUGUUGAUGAAGAGGGUAAAGAAGUCAUUCUGCGAGGAGCAGGCUUGGGUGGUUGGAUGAAUAUGGAGAAUUUUAUUUCAGGAUACCCUGGUUGCGAGUUCCAGAUCCGCGAAGCGCUAGCCAAUACCAUCGGGCAAGAAAAGUCGGAUUUUUUCUUUGACAAGUUCUUGGAAUACUUCUUCAUGGAUGCCGACGCGGCCUUCUUCAGCAGCCUCGGUCUGAACUGCAUCAGACUCCCUUUCAAUUACCGCCAUUUUGAAGACGAUAUGAAUCCCCGCGUUUUGAAGGAAUCUGGAUUUAAGCAUCUCGAUCGAGUGAUCGACCUCUGUGCGCAGCACAACAUAUAUACCAUCUUAGAUCUGCACACCACCCCUGGCGGGCAGAAUACCGACUGGCAUUCUGACCAUGGAGGGCAUAUUGCGAAUUUCUGGAACCACAAAGAUUUUCAGGACCGUACCGUAUGGCUGUGGGAACGUCUAGCUGAGCAUUUCAAAUCCAAUAAAUGGAUCGCAGGCUACAACCCUAUGAACGAACCCACGGACCCCAAACAUACUCGAGUCCUCUCCUUUUACGACCGCAUCCACAAAGCCAUCCGUGCCAUCGACCCAGACCAUGCCAUUUUCUUCGACGGCAACACCUUCGCGUCCGACUUUAGCCACUUUGGCGAUAUCCACAAGAACUGGGACAACACGGCCUACGCGAUCCACGAUUACUCCCUCUUCGGGUUCCCGGCCCCGCCGGAGGACUACGUGGGCAGCGAGUCGCAGCUUCACAGGCUCAGGCGGAGCUACGAGAAGAAACGAGAGUGGAUGGACCAGCACGGGCUCUGUGUGUGGAAUGGCGAAUGGGGCCCGGUCUAUGCGAGGAGGCAGUACGAUGGCGAUGCUACCGACGCUAUCAACACCAUGCGCUACAAAGUCCUCAAAGAUCAACUCAAUAUCUACAAUAAGGACCGUCUCAGCUGGACUAUCUGGCUGUACAAAGACAUCGGAUACCAAGGGAUGGUCUACGUCUCCCAGGAGACAGCGUAUAUGACGCUUUUCAAGGACUUCCUCACCAAGAAACACCAUCUUGCCGUUGAUGCCUGGGGCGCGGAUGAUUCUGCCGUCCGACACGUCUACCAGCCGCUUGUAGACCACAUCAUGAAGGAGAUCCCGUCCAAGUACCGUGAGCUCUACCCCUUUCCCGUCUGGAAGCUCGAUGCGCGCGUAGGCAGGCUCGCGAGGAACAUCCUCGUCGCGGAGUUUCUCGUCCAGGAGUGGGCGGAUCACUUCAUUGGGAAGGAAAAGGAAGAACUGGAUCGUAUCGCAGCGAGUUUCAGGUUUGACCAGUGUGAGAAGAGGGAAGGGUUGAAUAGCAUUUUGAUGGAGAACGCGAGACUCUUCCAGUAGAUGGACAGAUGAAAUGAAAAAUGGACAAUACGCAUGUACUAGUAGUGAUUGACAGAUGAACUGCCACCAAUUCACCUCAGUGCCCACAUAGAGCGAUAAUCCACGCCGAUUGCAUUUGCAUCCAAACAA